AUGACUGCUUUACAAUCAGAAAAUUGUCAAACUAAUGACUUAAAUGACUUAUUUCCGAUGUCUAUUGAAUCGUUGCGGUUUUCAUUAGAUAACUCGAUACAAAUUAUAUUUACUGGGUACUACAAUGGUUACAAUGUUGAAGUGAGGUCACCUGAAGAAAUUACUCUUUUGUAUCACAUGGGCUGUUUUGGGAAGGGAUCUGCCUCGAGGUCACGACCCGCACUUGUAAACAGUGAUCGUUAUCCAGAAAUAAUAAGGAAAAGGCAAUAUUUACAAAGGAACAAUUGGUACAAAAAAUUUGGUGAUAGUGGGUGUACACUGGUUUCAAGUACUCUUUUGAAAGAAUUAGAUGAGUUGACGACCAAAAUUGUCAGUGAUGGUGAAAAGUUAAAGAAAAAAGAUAUAAUAGAUCUAGUAUCCAGCGAUGAAGAGUUUAGUCAUGAUGAUGUAGACACAGAGAAUGCUGUCAAUCAAUCUUUUUCUAGUAGCGAAAAAGAUGAAAUUACAGUAGUAAUACCUAAUAGUGAUUCUGAAGAAGAAAAUUAUUUUGCGGCACUAAAGCCACAAUGCUGUGUAAAUAAAAUUAAAAUGCAAGAAAAAUUAAUAUUAACUCCAGAAGAAGCAUUCUUCUUAGCUUAUGGACUUGGAAGUUUACAAGUAGUAUACAAUAAUAAUAUUUUAGAUUUAGAACAGUGUUGGACAUUACUUUGUUCUAAUGAUAGACAUUUUGUGGACAGAUAUGUAGUUUAUCAUUAUUUUAGAUCAAAAGGAUAUGUUGUGAAACCAGGGAUCAAGUUUGGAGGAGACUUUUUACUGUACAAAGAUGGCCCUGGCAUAAGACAUGCAGACUAUAUCAUUGUUAUAAAGUCUGAUACAAAACAAGACGACUUAAUUACUAUUCUCGGUCAUGUAAGAGUAGCCACAACUACUGUUAAGGAAAUACUGUUGGUUGAAGUUUUGAAACCUAAUGGAGUAACCUCGAAACUACCAGAAAGUCUACAUUUAUACCAUGUUAAGGAGGUAUUAUUGACAAGAAACAUUCCAAUGACAAUAAAUAAUGAUGAUUAAA